AUGUCACACGAAAUGUCCCACAUGGGCCCUCGGGCCUUCAACCACGACAACAGCAGCGACGCAGAGGCGGAGUACGAUCGGCUCCGCGACCUCGCGCGCCAGGAAGCCUCCAAGCGCGGACAAUGUUUCGGCCGGUCGAAGGAAGCCUACUCCAGCGGCGAUGGCGCCGGCGCUAAACAACUCUCCGAGGAGGGAAAGGCCCACGGCCGCAAGAUGGAGGAAUAUAACAGACAAGCGUCUGAGUUCAUAUUCCGCGAGAACAAUGCAGAUGGGCGCGUCGAGGCCGAUACUAUCGAUCUGCACGGACAGUUUGUCGAGGAGGCUGAGGAGAUCCUGGAAGAACGGAUCAAGUAUGCCAAGUCGCAUGGACAGAAUCACCUUCAUGUUAUCGUCGGCAAAGGAAACCACUCCGCGAACCAUAUUCAGAAAAUCAAGCCGCGCGUCGAGCAGGUGUGCCGUGAAUUGGGGCUCCAGUAUGCCACCGAGGAUAACGCUGGUCGCAUCUACGUCAACCUGACUGGUGGUGAGGCUGUCAUGCCUCCAUACAACGGUCACCAGGGCGGCUCGUCUGGGUACCCUGGUCACCAACAGGGACACCAGCAGCAAGGACAGCAACAGCCGGACGAACUCGAGGAGUUUGCCAAGAAGAUGCUGCCCAAGGUUCUGCGCAAGCUCGAGAAGGCUUGCUGCGUGGUUAUGUGA